AUGGAGAAGCCAGAAAACUUAGGCAAGGAGAGGGUUUCAUUCGAAAAUCUCGAAAGCCGCCGAGCACAGCGCAAGCUCAGAAUCCGCAUGAACCCUUUGCAGCGCGGAAUCGAAAAAUUCCUUUCAUCUUAUACUCCUCAUCUAGACUUGAGCGAAUGCAAAGAUUUAAUAUCUUCUCUUCCCAAGCGCUACACUAUAUACCCACCUCUGCUUCUCCUCCCUCAAAAUACCUUUACUGCGAACGCUCAGCUGGAGAAAUUGAUAUCCUCCCUGAGUCCGGAACAGUCGAAAGCAUUAUAUACAUGCAUAGCAACUGCCUUCUCCAGCCAAGGAGUGACCCAUAUCGCCAUCAAUGCGCCCAUUGCACUUACAACAGGAGGAUCUGGCAAUGAAAAUCGAAUGCGGAGUCCUACUGGUCUAAUACCACUGCACGGAGACUUUGGGCCUUUACCUUCUGAUUCCGAGGCGGAAAGGGAGGAAAACCCUACUAUAUCUGAUAUGCAGUCUGCAUUCUGGGUGCGAGCGGUGCAGAAUUCCGGGAUCGUUCAAAUCUGGGCGCCGCUCUACUCGAUGUUUAGUCGCGGCAACAUCAUCGAGAAGGCACGGGUACUGGGCACCGCAUCGAAGUUUGAAGGGUUGACAGACGUUGAUCUAGGACAAAAGUUGGAGGAUGUUGCGGUUGUGGAUAUGUAUGCUGGAAUUGGGUACUUUGUGUUCUCCUAUCUGAAAAGGGGGGUUGGGCGGGUGUGGGCAUGGGAGCUCAAUGGAUGGUCGAUUGAGGGACUAGAGCGAGGUUGUCAGGCGAACGGCUGGAAGGUCAAGAGUAUACGGAUUGACUCCCUUGAUCAACUAAAUGGCUUGGAGGAGUUGAUAGAGGGAUUGAGUGAUGAGGAUCGGGUUGUCGCCUUUCACGGCGAUAAUAGAUUUGCUGUCGAUCUUUUAUCACAAGUUCUUGGGAGGGAGCGGUCCGUUUGCUGGACCCGAAAGACCAAGGGUGGAUUCAUGUGCAUGAAAAUGUUAGCAUUGACAGUAUCGACGAACAUCGGGACUUUAUUGUUCGCAAAAUCGAGUCCUUGA